CGUUUCUCUCCCUUCGCUGGCCUUGUGAAUAGGUAACACUAGCUAAGUCGCCAGUGACAGUCCUGGAUGUUCCCGCUCGCGAUUCCCGCCCGGCCUUUCUCGCAGGCUGGGAUCGCUGUUGACUUCUCCUUUGCAUGACUUUCCAAAUUCCUAUCAUUGGUCUUUGAGCCGCGGCUCGUUUUCAACACGAUGAAUCUAUCCCUCAUUGAUCCCUUUGUCCUCGCCCAGGACUAUCCGGACACACUAUCGGAAAAGCUCAGAAGCGGCCAUGCGACGUGCCUACGAUUCAACCGCAAAGGAGAUUAUUUGGCGUCCGGGCGGGUGGACGGCACAGUGGUCAUCUUCGACGUGGAAACCAAUGGGGUGGCGCGGAAACUACGCGGCCAUACUCGACAGAUUCAAUCUUUGAGUUGGUCUCGAGACGGUCGUUUUCUUCUAAGUUCCUCCCAGGACUGGAAAUGUAUCUUGUGGGAUCUGAAAGAUGGCUCCCGGGUUCGCACCGUUCGUUUCGAAGCGCCUGUAUAUAUCGCCGAACUACAUCCUUACAAUCAUUUGCUCUUUGUAGCAUCCCUGUUCGAAGAUCAGCCCGUCCUUGUCGAUGUAUCCUCCUCCAAACCCGUCAAGCGCAUUCUUCCUUCAGCUCCUUUCCGCCCUCCUCCGCCUAAAGGUGAGGAACUCGACGCCGCGGCUGCUGCUAAGCAAGCAGCGCAAGACGCGAAGCACUCGACAUGUGUGACCAUAUUCACCGCCUUAGGGAACCACAUCAUAGCAGGGACGUCGAAGGGCUGGAUCAACAUCAUAGAAACCCAGACGUGUACUACCAUUCACUCUACUCGUCUGUGCAAUGGAGUAGUGAUCCUACUUCGUCUAGCAAGUAACGGUCGGGACUUGUUGGUGAACAGUUCCGAUCGCGUUAUACGCACCAUCUUGAUGCCGGAUCUCUCACAGCUCGGCAUCGAUCUGGAACCCAGCAACAUCAAACUGCAGGUGGAACACAAGUUCCAGGAUGUAGUCAACCGACUAAGCUGGAAUCACGUCACCUUCUCCUCAACUGGAGAAUUUGUGACAGCAUCAACCUUCAUGAAUCCCGACAUCUACGUGUGGGAACGGAGCCACGGGUCUCUGGUCAAAAUCCUGGAGGGUCCUCGUGAGGAGCUGGGGGUAGUAGAGUGGCAUCCUGGUCGCCCGAUGGUAGUAGCUUGUGGACUUGAAUCCGGUUGCAUCUAUACGUGGUCAAUAGUGACCCCCCAGAAAUGGUCAGCGCUGGCGCCCGAUUUCGGUGAGGUUGAGGAGAAUGUGGAGUAUCUCGAACGUGAGGACGAAUUCGACAUUCAUCCCGCAGAGGAGAUCCAUCAGCGUCGUCUGGAUCAGGAAGACGAAGUUCCUGAUGUGCUCACUAUCGAGCCGAUCAAAAACAGCGCAGAUGAAGAAAUCACCUCGUUCCGGAUGCCCGUCCUGCUCGAUAUCUCCGACAGCGAAAGCGAAGAAGAGAUUAUCGCAGUUGGACCAGGUACAAUGCGGCGGCGCAGUCCAGGUGCAGGUCGAGAAUGGAUGAACACGAAUAGCGAGGGAGAGAAAGAUAGCGCGGCCAGCGGUAGAAAUGGUACCACACGGGGCCAGAAGGGCCGGCGGCGCUAGCCGGUCCACCUUGUGCUUGGCUCCGUACUGUAUCCGGUACAAUGGCUCUGUUAAUCUAUGAUUCGUCGGUCGCGCUUUUCUGUUUUGU